AUGAAAAGGUUAGAAGAAAGGAGACAAUCGGGAACAAUUGAUAGUAUCAAUUCUCUUCAUGUGGAUCUGAUGAUAGAGAUCCUUACGAAGCUGCCUCCAGGAUCUGUGUCAAAGCUCAUCUGCGUUUCAAAACUGUGGUCAUCUAUUAUCCAAGGAAAGCAUUUCAGUGACUUGUAUCUGACUCGAUCUUCGACUCGGCCGCUUCUUCUUGGCCUCUUAUACCUUCCUGCCACGCGGCUCUAUCAGUACUCUUUCUCUCAGGAGAAUCCAUCUUCUGAUCAUAGUGUUUCUCCGAAAAUGAUUCCAGGGUAUCCAAUUUCUCCACCGGUCCAUGGCUUGAUCUGCUCUAUAGAUGUUGAUGCUGAUGUGUUUGUUGCCAAUCCUACCAUGGGUCAGUUCUUAACUCUACCUAGAAUAAACAGUUUGCACUCAAGCUUGUUUGGAUAUGAUCCGGUUAAUGAUCUAUACAAAGUCUUUUCCAUGACAAGAGUUACUGACAAACAUGGACACUUGGUCAGUGUUGACCAUUAUGUUUUCACUCUAGGAGCUCAAAAAACAUGGAGAAUGAUCGAAUGUAAGUGUCCCCAUUACCCUGUAACUCUAGGUGGUAUAUGCAAGGAUGGGGUUGUUUAUUAUUUAGCUCGGUCUAAGUCUUACAGUCCUCACAACGGAUCUUACGUAGUAGUGAGCCUUGAUAUAAGAUCUGAAGAGUUUAGUCUUAUGACAUUACCUGAUUGUGUCAGAAUCGAACCAUUUGAUGAGUUUAGUUUGGUGAGCUACAACGGAAAGAUAGCCUUAGUAAAUCAUUCAAGAAACGGUAAAUUCGACUUGUGGGUUCUAAUGGAUGUCAUUAAACAAGAAUGGACAAAAAUAUCUGUAUUGGUUCGGUGUUGGAAAGAUUUGGUUGGGAAUAGAGUAUAUUGCAGGGGUACUAUUAGUACCGGAGAGCUAUUAUUUGAACCAUGUAAUUUCCAUGACAAGUUAUUUAUUAUCUAUUACAAUCCCAAAGAAGACAAGGCUCGAAGAGUUUACUUUGAAAAAAGUGGAGAUGGCUGUAUUCGUUGCAGAAUGUUCGUGGAUCAUAUAGAGAGUCUUAUGUUUCUUCCAUGGAAAGUUUAA